AUGAGCAGAACCCUGUCUGACGAAGAUGGACCUUUUACAGUUGAUUUUAAAGAAAUUGACAAAGCCUAUAUUCCAUGCAAUAAUAGAACCCCAUUUCAUGAUGAAUCAACUUGUACGCAAAAAAUUUCAACUAGCACUUCAAGUACGCAAGUGAAGGGGGAUACUCUUGAAUAUGAAGUAAAGAAGAAGUUUGAAGAGAUCAAUGUUACAGUGCAUGGUGUACUCAGAAGCCAAUUAAUGUUAGAAAAUAUUAAGGAACUCAUAGAGUUGACCAGGUCUGGUAAUGAUUCCAUUAAUGAUUUCAUUAAAGAACUUGCAGAGCUGACCAAGUCCAAUAAAGAUAAACUGGAGGAAUGA